AUGUUAAAAUAUUUAACAUCCAAGGGUUCCGGGUCGUCCGGACUCGGAUACGUGGAAACAGGACCAGUAGAAAGUCAGUUUGGUCGAUUGCAGUGCUUCUCUUGGCACAACGCUAUCUCCAAGACAGAUGGUAUGCCCGCAACAAUAUUCAAACUUGUGUUAAAGAACAAAGAAGUGGAUGUAAUCACACCUUACGAAAUUGACCUUGCAAAGAGGCAUCUGAAGAAUAUAAAGUUGGUUAGACAUCCGAACAUACUGAAAAUACUGGCAACAAAAGAAAGCGAUUCUGGAAUAUAUAUAGCCACAGAACGCUGCUAUCCACUUAGUUCCACAAAUAUAUCAUCGGAUCCAGCUUUGGGAAUAGGUCAGAUUUUUUCAGCAGUACAUUUCUUACACACCAAAUGUAAUUUGGCUUAUUGCCAAAUCUCGCCCAUGGGAAUUGCUGUUAGAGAAGAUGGGUCCUGGUGCUUAUCGUCUUUUGAGUUAGCCGCUGAUUGUAAUUUAUCUGUACAUGUAUUGCUUUCGGAAAUAAAAUCGCACACAUCCUGGAGAGAUGGUUGGAGGCCACACUUACCAAACACUGUUUCAGUUAGCUCCUUAUACUUGGACUAUUGGGGUAUUGGAGCACUAAUCUGCUGGGUUUAUGCAUUGUUGUCUGGUUGUAUUGAUAAAUGUAACACCAGAAGAAAUGGUUUAGAUAUAAACACUCUAAAAGUUUAUGUGCCAAACACUUUGCAGGCUCUUAUAGAUGAGCUGACAUUAUCUAGACAAAAGAUAGAUUUGGAAAAUAUUUUGAAUACACACCCAUACUUCAAAAAGAAUGUAUCUGUAGUCGUUCUGAACUUUCUGUCGGAAUUGCACAUCAAGCCUGAGGAAUCUGUGGAAAGUUUUUUCAACCAUUUACCUCAGUAUAUUGAUAAGAUACCCGUAGAAAUAUCUUGCAAGCAAAUUCUGCCAGAAGUUCUAAAGGCAAUCCCAUUGUACAGAUCAAUGGCUCCAAAAAUUUUGGAAUCCGUUAUUUUAAUGUGUAAAUCUGUACUGGUGGAAGAUUUUAAAAAAAAGGUUUACCCAUACAUUUUGGAUUUAUUCAAGGACAACGAUAGAUCUACAAGAUUCUGUCUACUUAAGCAAAUGCCAGAAUUAGACCACUUGCUGGAUGAAAAACAAGUCUCUGAAGAUAUUUUCCAGCAUCUGCUCGUUGGAUUCACAGAUGUGGCAUCGCAGAUUAGAAAUGAAACCAUAAAGUCUAUCUGUUAUGUCAUUAAAAAGAUAAAACCAAAACAAAAAUACGUAGCACUAAUGUCACUCUUAAAGUGUGUCGAUGAUUGCGAACCAACAAUCAGAGCAAAUACAAUCAUAUGCUUCGCUAAAAUAAUUCCAUUUUUGGACUCGGAGCACAUUUCAAAAAUUUUACCUCAAGUAUGGAGGUCUGGUUUGUGUGAUUCAUUUGCUCAGUCAAAAAUAGCUUCUCUGGAGGCUAUAUCCGCAUCGCAUGAAUUCUUUUCAAUCGAGGAUAAAGUCUCGCUCUUGUUUCCGCUGGUAUCCAGCACACUACUGGACGCGGAUCCUCAAAUUAGAAAACUCUCAUUUGAAACUAUAUACAAACUGCUGGACUCCGUCAAGUCGCAGUCCAUUCCCGAUGACGUUCCAAACGACGAUCCUUGGUAAAGUACAUGUCACAUAGAUGCUUUUAACAA